GUACCGUGAGUACCACUGCACAUGGCGUUCCUGGAAUAAUACGUACUUCACCGCCACUGCAAGUGGUCCUUCAAGUUUGGCUAAUAAAAAGCGACGAUCGAUCACACGCAGACUCUGGUUAACAAAAAACAUGGGUUCAUCAGUUCAGUGUGAAGAAGACUCGUGCCAACCCCACGUCCUUCUUUUUCCAUUCAUGGCCAAAGGCCACACCAUCCCCCUCCUCCACUUUGCCCGCCUCCUCCUCCUCCGCCGCAGAGCUUUGGUCACCGUUAUCACCACCCCCGCCAACCGCCCCUUUGUAACCGAAUCCCUUCAAAACACCAGCGUCACCAUCAUCGACCUACCGUUCCCUGCCAACAUCCCAGAAAUCCCCGCUGGCGUUGAGAGCACUGAUAACCUUCCUUCCAUGUCUCUGUUCUACAAGUUCGCCCUCGCCACGGCGCACAUGCAGCCCCACUUCGAACGGGUGCUGGAGACUCUUCCGAGUGUAAGCUUUUUAAUUUCUGACGGCUUCUUAUGGUGGACCCUGCACUCGGCUUCCAAGUUCGGGAUUCCCAGGCUGGUGUACUACGGCAUGAGCUCUUACGCCCAUGCCGUUUGCAGAGAAGCUUUUAUCUCUGGGAUCUUCAACGGUCCCCAGCCUGAGGACGAGUCGGUCAAGUUGAACCGGUUCCCGUGGAUCGGGGUCAGCAAGAACGACGUGGAACCCGAGUUUCGAAACCAAGACCCAAAUAGUGUUUCUUUUGAGUUCCAUACGAACGCAAUUUCAUCCACCGUGAAAAGCUUUGGAACGGUGGUGAACAGCUUCUAUGAGCUGGAGCCCGUGUUCGUUGAUUAUACGACGAAAGAGUCCGAUCACAAACCACACUACUGUGUGGGGCCGUUAUGCCUGGCCGAAGAACCGAGGAAUAAGCUUAGCGAAGAAUCCAGAAAACCAACAUGGAUGGAGUGGUUAGACAAGAAGCAGGAAGUUCUGUACGUUGCGUUUGGGUCGCAAGCCGAGAUAUCAAGCGAACAACUAAAAGAAAUAGCCACGGGAUUGGAAGAAUCGAAGGUGGAGUUUAUGUGGGUGGUGAGGAAGAAAGAGUGGGAGCUACCUCAGGGGUUCGAAGGAAGAGUGGAAGAGAGAGGGAUUAUAGUGAGAGAGUGGGUGGACCAGAGAGAAAUACUGAUGCACAAGAGUGUGAAGGGGUUCCUUAGCCACUGCGGAUGGAAUUCAGUGCUGGAAGCUAUAUGCGGAGGAGUGCCGAUCCUGGCGUGGCCAAUGAUGGCGGAACAGCAUCUGAAUGCGAAAAUGGUGGAGGAGGAGAUAAAGGUGGGGUUGAGAGUUGACACGUUCCAGGGUUCGCGGCGGGGAGGGUUAAUUAGAGGAGAAUGGGUGAGCCAGAUGGUGAGAGAGCUGAUGGAAGGAGAGAAGGGAAGAGAGGCGAGGAAGAAGGUGGCAGAGUUGGCGGGGGCGGCGAAGAAGGCGGUGGCGGAGGGUGGCUCGUCUUGGCGAGCCUUAGACUCACUGCUCCUGGAGGCAUGCAGGAAGACGGAAUCCUCCGCAUGAAUGAUGUGUAAUUGAUACGCGUGUGUGGCGGCAAUAUCUUUGUCUUGAUCACUCCACUAUUGGAAUGCUCGAUCGAGAAGACCCGCGAAGUCCACGCUUUAAUUUUGGAGUGUUGUAUUAUUAAUUAAUAAGUGGGAAGGGGGUCGCUUUUUUUUAUCCCUUCACAAUUAUGAGUAGUAAGCAUUUUAUAUUUUAUUAUACAUUUACUAUUUUUCUUGCUAUUUUUUCUUUU